AUGAACAUGGCCGAGUGGCCGUGGCCGUGUCGUGUCGGCAUGGUAACAGGUAACAGGCAACAGAUGCGAGUUAUAUGUGGGGAUGCGGCCGCAUAUGCUUGCACUUGCACCACCUCGACACCAGACACGGCUGAUGAGGGCAAUGCACCCGGGGAGAAAGCUGAGGCUCGCCUAAUCUUAGGGAGCCGCAAACCCGCAUGCUUCCUUACUCAAGAUGCCUCAUGCAUAAUCAAAAAAAAUAACUGUCCACGCUGCCCGCACCAUCACGGCGUCAAGUCAAUCGUUGCUUCUUAUGAUGGUGAUGGGCGUGGUGGUGGUCAAUGGUGGCUGUUCUCCUCGCCUGUCCCCGCUCGAAUCAGGGCCUUGUCCAGCUCCGGUGAGGCCGCUCAUGCAGAGCUAUACAAGGUUGCAGGAUGGGCCUACGAUCGCUGUCCAAUGUAUCUGUCGCCUGCGCACAGGAAACAAGUUGCUUCGGACACGGCCAAGACCUGCAUAGGGCACAGUGGCCGGCACUCAGUCUCGCUGACUGCUAGUGGACUGCAUUUGACCCCCAUGUCCAAGCAGAGACAGCGUCCUGAAGCCCUGGCGCGUGCACAGCAGCGGGUGCGAGCGACAGCGGGUGCGAGCGACAGCGGGUGCGAGCGACAGCGAGCGGGAGCAACCAUUCUGGUUAUAUUUGCGGAAGAUGCGGACGGGACUAGAACGCGUUCAAUGGGCGUGUCUCCUGGACGAAGCUUCCCAGACGCAAAAAACGCCAUGGAUGAUCCACAAUGGGGCACGACGGCGGCGGAACACGCAUCGGUUGGCUGGGCGCUGUGGGCGUAG